ACCAAAGUGACUGCAGCUAGCUAGCAUAGAAGAUUUGAACAUUCCCAUCUUCUUCUUCAGUCCUUUUCUUCUUUAAUUUGGUCCUAGUCGCCUUAAUUUCGAGCUAGCUAGCUAUUUAAACAUAUCCAUCCUUUCUCUCUGGUUCUUAAUUAUCACUUCAUCAAUUGGUUCCUCCAUUGAUGCUGAUCAUCGAUUUCUUGCCAAGAAAGCUUCACCAAUAUGGCUUCCGAAGGAACAAGUCGCUCUCUGCAAGACACACCCACUUGGGCUCUGGCAACAGUUUGCUUCGUCUUCAUCUUUCUCUCUAUUUUCAUAGAGCACUUGAUCCAUCUCCUUUCCCAAUUUCUCAAACGACAUAGAAAGACUGCAUUGUUCGAGGCCGUAGAGAAGCUCAAAUCAGUGCUUAUGCUUCUGGGUUUCAUGUCACUAAUACUGACAGUAACACAGAGAUGGAUAUCCAAAAUUUGCAUACCCACGAAAGCUGCAGAAACUAUGCUUCCCUGCAGAAAAUCAGCAUCAACUAAAACUACCAAAGCACUUGGUUUCGAUCGCAUGUGGAGCACCGGCGCAUCUACAGCUUUCGAAGUGAUAAACAGAAGGCUAGCGGAAACAGAAGAUACUACUAGCACCAGUUCUACCACUUCUUCUGAGGAUCAGUGCGAAUCCCAUGGGAAGACCUCUUUUAUAUCCCAAGGAGGACUAAAUCAGCUCAACAACUUCAUCUUUGUUCUGGCAAUUAUGCAGAUUGUGUAUAGUGUUCUUACAAUGGCUUUAGGAAGAGCCAAGAUGAAGCGUUGGGAAGCAUGGGAAAGAGAAACGCAGACGGUAGAAUACCAAGUUGCAAAUGAUCCUAAUCGAUUCAGGUUUACAAGGCAAACAACAUUUGCUCGUAGACACAUGAACUCUUGUACAGGAACACCUAUUCAACUGUGGAUUAAAUGCUUCUUCAGACAAUUCUUCCAUUCAGUUGAAAGAGUUGAUUAUCUCACAUUACGCCACGGCUUCAUUUCUACUCAUUUGUCAACAAACAACGCAUUCAAUUUCCAGAAGUACAUAGAACGGUCGCUGGAGGAUGAUUUCAGAGAAGUAGUUGGCAUAAGCCCCUUGAUGUGGUUUAUCGUCGUAAUCUUCAUUCUCGUGGACGUGCAUGGUUGGCAGGUGUAUCUCUGGGUAUCAUUUGUGCCACUAAUUAUUGUGCUGGUUCUCGGAACAAAACUGGAAGUGGUGGUAGCCAGAAUGGCUCACCAACUCGGUGACCAGCAUAAUGUGAUCAAAGGAACUCCUCUGGUUCAGCCAAAGGACAGUCACUUCUGGUUCAAUAAACCGCGAUUCGUCUUGACUCUCGUACAUCUCACUCUGUUCAUGAAUGCGUUUGAACUUGCUUUCUUCAUUUGGGUCACGUUGCAGUUUGGGAUACACUCUUGCUACCAUGAACACAUUGAGAUUAUCAUUAUAAGAGUGGUCUUAGCGGUUGUCGUUCAAGUUAUGUGCAGUUACAUUACUCUUCCCCUCUAUGCUCUAGUGACCCAGAUGGGGUCAAAUUUCAAGAGUACCCAAGUGCUUGAAGAGCAAACAACAAAAGUUAUGAAGCAGUGGCAUGCCGACGUGAAGAAAAAAAGGAAAAAGAAUAGGCAAGACAAUUCAGGCCACGAUUAUUCCUCUACUAUAGGAAGCAGCAGUAGGAGAACCAUGAAUUCCCCAGAUUUCUCUUCCCAUCGCCGGCAACCAACUUUUGCUGCAAUGUCCCAGACGGAGAUUGUCGAAGAUGGUCAAGAAAUUGUUGAAGAACAUCAAGCAGCAAAGGGUGGCCAAACUGAAAUUGAACUAGCUAGUGAGGUACACAUAGAAAUUUCGGAGGUGAACAGAAGCCAAACGUGAACUAAAAGAAUUUUUGAUAGAUAGAACUAGGUAAUCAAAGGAAUCAUUUCCUAAAUACGCUAUUCCGAUCUCCUUGUAUAUUUUUUGUUGAUGAGCCAAGAGAUUAUUUGUCUAGAUGUUUUGAAUGAGAAGGCCAGGCUUUAAGGACAAGGGAACUAUCAGCUACCCAGCUAGAGCUUAUAGAUUAAGCAGUAUAGUGCAUUUAGCUUCGAACUCUCCUUAAUUUGUGCUUCCAUACAAUCAACAAAGAAAACAGAAAUUAAACCGUGGACUAGCAAAAGUAACAUGUGAAUCCGCAUCCAGCUUCAUUGAUAGAAGAACGAAGGUAUACUCCUGGUGAUUCUAGGAGAACUACGUACAUUCUGCAGAUUUAUGAAUGUUCUUGAUCUUGUUGUAUGUGUUUAUGAUGAUGUGAAUAGAUCGUAAUCUUUAGUCUAUAUGAUGGUGUGUGUUGUUAUAUGAUUACCAUCUAAUAGUCACUUGCCCAGAUCAUUCGUAUAGUUAUCAAAUCAAUAUUU